AUGGCUCAAGCUCGAAGGAGGAUCAACACAUUCACCCGCUGCGAACGGCAGACAACGACUUGGAUCAGCAUGGUUCGAGCUCAGAGGAGGUUCGACACACUCACUUCCUGCGAACGGCGGAUAACGACUUGGAUCAGCGUGGCGGUUGCUCGAACGACGAUUGAUGCACUCACUACCUGCAAAUGGCGGACAACGAUUUGGAUCAGCGUGGCGGAUGCUCGAAUGACGAUCGACGCACUCGCCCGCUGCGAACGGCAGACAACAACUUGGAUCAGUGUGGCGGUUGCUCGAACGACGAUCAACACACUCACCCGCAGACAACGACUUGGAUCAGCGUGGCUCUGGCUGGAACGAGGACCGACACACUCACUUCCUGUGAAUGGCGGGACAAAUGUUAAAUAG